AUGCCUCCUACGCUUUCGCCUCCGUCCAAAGUGACCGUCGCCGUGACCCAGGCAGAGCCAGUCUGGCUGAACCUCGAGGCUACUGUUGACAAGACGUGCAAAAUCAUCAGCGAGGCCGCCAAAAAUGGCGCCCAACUCGUUGCAUUCCCCGAAGUUUGGAUCCCAGGCUAUCCUGCUUGGAUCUGGAACCGACCCGUCGACACGGACUUGAUGACCCGAUAUAUACAAAACUCGAUGCGUUUAAACUCUGAUCAGAUGGGCAGACUAAGGGAGUGCGCCGCCGAGCACAACAUUGUUGUCGUGCUAGGAUUUUCGCAGAAUGACCACGACUCCCUUUACAUUGCACAGGCAAUCAUUGAUGCCACUGGAGAAAUUAAAGUCUUGCGGAAAAAGAUGAAGCCAACCCAUAUGGAGCGGACAGUCUUUGGUGACUCUUUUGGCGACUGCCUCGACAGUGUUGCUGAUACAGCGGUCGGAAGAGUCGGGGCCCUGAAUUGCUGGGAGCAUCUGCAGCCGCUGCUCAAGUACCACACGUACUCGCAGCGCGAGCAGAUCCACGUCGCUGCAUGGCCGCCCCUCAACACGGAAGCCCCAGAGGGCGGUCUGGAAUCAAUGACGGGCAAGGGUCUUGCCGCGGUUUCACAGGUGUACGCCAUGGAGUCGGCAUCGUUUGUUCUCCAUUCUACAUCUGUCAUUAGCCAAGCUGGCGUCGAUUUGAUGAAAACGGGGGACGGCGAUUGGAUGAAUGCCCCGGGUGGUGGAAGCUCGGCCAUCUAUGGGCCGGAUGGGAAAAAGCUGACCGCUGAUCUACCCGAUACCGAAGAGGGAAUCCUCUACGCCACCAUUGACUUGGACGAUAUCCUCCGGUCCAAGGCCUUUAUUGACGUUUGCGGUCAUUAUAGUCGACCGGAUCUCUUGUGGCUUGGUGUUGACAAGCAGAUCAAGCGUCAUGUGCGAUUUCCACGACCCGAAAACCAUGACUCGGAUGCAUGCUGA